AUUUUUUCGCAUUGAAAUCGUCCAAGACAUACAGAUGAUGAUGCCUUGCGUGAACGGUGUUUCGUGCGGAUUUUUAUUUAUUUAUUUAUACAGCGAUCCAAGCAUGAACACAUUUCUAAAUAUUUAGAGGAAAAAAGAAGAGUGAGAAAAUCUGGAGCAGAUAUAAAUAACUCGGUCUGUUUGUGUAAACUUUGCUUCCUAUGCGUGGAGGGGGCCGAUCAAAUGAAACGUUACGACUUUAGGGGCCCACAUGUGUUGUCAAUUACAUGGGCCUUAAGUACAUAUGUACAUUCUGGUGAGUUAAAGGCAUCUUGUUCAGAAGCGAGAUAAAUAAUCAAGUUAUUAAUGAAUAGCCCCUUGGCACAGCAUUCACUCAGAACCAUCCAUUUAUCCGAUAUACGUCACAACAUCGUGUGCAAGUUCAUCUUCAUCUUCAUCAGUGAGCUUUGAUUAAAUUUGAAAAAUUUGUAAUAAAAUGUAAUUGAAUUUUUUAAAGUGGGGGUGGGGUGAUAUACAAGUUUUGAUUUUAUGGGGUCCUACUCAUAAAACUAACGGUUGCGGUCACGUCGAAAUUCUCAGGGGCUGCCCACCUCGCUCAUUAAUUGGUUUGAUGAAUUGGGAAUUGUAAGUGUCUAUUUAUAUACUUUCUAAUAGAAAGUUUCUAUGAGAACAUUGUUGAAAAAAAUGUGCACUCUAAAUAUUUUGGAGACAAAUAGUCUGUACAUACUUUUGUGUUUAACGAAAGAGGAGUCAGGGAUCUUGAAAAUGGGAUUUUUUUGGUAUCUGGUGGACUGGACGCCAUAAUGUACGUAGAGACAAGUCAUUUCCAGAAAUUGAUUUUGUGCUGUCAAGGGUUCCAUCGUUUUAAUGGAUGUCGCUAUUUUUCAAGCUUCGAGAUACCUUCAACCUUCAGAGAAAAUCAGUACAUCCGGUCCACCAACAAAAGGAACUUCUCAUCUGAAAACAUCUUUGCAACACCAGAAUGUUAAGGCAAUCGCCGCGGACCGUAGAACACCGCGCCACCGGUAGUAUUCUACACACGCCGCCCCGCCAGUAAAUCUGAUUUCCUAUUUCAACACACACCAGAGGGAGCUUAUCCAGCUAAGCCAACGCUGAUUCAAAAUUUCCGCCUCCGGCGCCCCCAAAUUCACCGGCUUUACCCUCUGGCGGCGGGCGACUCAAAACCCAGUCAAAUCAGCAGCUGACAAAAGCAAAACAAAGGAAACUUAAUUAGCAACCAGAUCACUCGUCAAACGCAGUACGUUUUACAAAUAAAUUUAAACAUGUAAAAUGUCGGCAGGAAAGGGGAUUUCCACCAGCAGGAAAAAUGGGACAGGACACAUUUUGCAAGAUCUACUUUCCUCCACGGUUUCACUCGAGGUCAAAUUUUGUCCCCCGACAGGAGAACCACGUUCCUCGUGAAAUUGAUGACGGGAAUAAGAAAUCAUCCCCAGAAUUUCCCCCUUCGUGCUGUUCAAUCUGCUCCGGAUCGUCGAAUCUGAGUCGCCUCGCCCUCCAGGAAAUGGAACUUCUUGUCAAAUUCGUCCUAACUCGGGAACAAGUUUCUCUCAUUUUUCAAACAGGCGAAUAUCCGCAAAUAUUUUGUUGCAAAAUUUGCUCCUCCGCGAUCCUCUCGUUGGCCAAGUUGUCUAAAACUAUUGAAAAUGUGACCAUUUCCCUGCGUGCCGUCAUCUCCGGGGGGAAUGGAGUGUUAAACAAGCUGGGGAAAGGAUACAAAAUUAGUGAAUUGGCUAAUGGAGAUGGUGCAAUAUUGCUAAAGAAUGAAGACCAACAAUUAGCUGGAUGUCGUAAAAGAGGGCAAUUUACCGUAAAAGUUGAACCACUCGAGGAGGACCAGAUGCAGAUCGAAAUUCCCGAAAUAUCCGAAAAUAAGGCCGAAAUCCCGGAUGAAAUCCCCGAAAUUUCAGAAAUCCAGGACGAAAUGGAUGCAGCUACGAGCUCGGAACCCGUUGUCGACCCUGAAUCAAAAUUCGGGCUCAAAAUGUCUCAACCUUUUGUCGUCACGCGUAGCAAAGGCAUGAGGAAUGUCGUCCCCGCUGAAAUUUGGGACGAGUCACAAAACGGUAUAAAUUUGGUCGGUGGCCUCCCAGCAUCCAAGUUUUCGUGCAAAAUAUGUGCAAAUCCGUUUAACAGACCGAGCAAUCUCCGACGCCACAUGAGAAACAUGCAUAAUCAGGCCGAUGAUUCCGCCACAGAAACUUCAGAUGAUGUUAAGAAACGACUCGUCGACCGACCCGAAGGCGAAUAUUCGUGCCCCCAAUGUGACAAACGAUUUGGUUCGAAAACUGGGUUAGUCGGGCAUUCUCGUUCUCAUAAGAAAAUGGCUCGCUGCCAAGGGAAAUGUUCCCUGUGCCGGGAAACUUUCACCGAUUUUAUGAUGCUGCUCGCACACCGGAAGGAACGCCACGGUAUUCCAUUGGGCGUGGGGACAAAGACAUUUGCCCGUCCGGCGUGUGACAUCUGUUCAAAAACUUACUCCUCAUCGGGGAGCUUGUAUUGUCACGUGGAGAGGAUCCACUUCCGGGACAAGACGUCCUGUCCGUACGGCUGUGGGGUCGAGAUUGGCUCAGAGGUUGAGUGGGUGACGCAUUUGGAGGGGUGUGAUUCUCCAAAAAUGACUGCUCAAUCGGCGUCCCCUUGCUUUCAUUGCGACGUCCCCUGCCGGAAUAUGCUGCUCAGAGUGGUGCACACUCUGCGUGAACAUCCCGACAAAACGUUCUAUUGUUCCAAGUGUGAGGGAAGAUUCAGUAAGCGGGAGGUUCUCGUUCAUCAUCGUUGCAAGCCGAUCGCGAAGGAGUCAAGAGUCGGAUAAUUUUAUUUACAUAUUUAUACUCGAGAUGUUCUGCAAUAGUAGAUGAUUGUACAUCGCAGGAUUUAAACACAGCGGGAAAAUUAAAUAUUAGUCAGAAUUUUAGUCAAA